UCGUAAUUAUCCAUGACGCAGGUCUGAAGACGCUAUUGCUGCAAACUGAAUUCUACCUAUUGAUGUCAAAAUUAAGUACAUGUUGAGACUUGAGUAUAAUAAGGUUUACGUACUCCACUGUUAUAGGACUGUUUCUAUGGGGUUUGCAAACAGCCGCGCCUUUGGUUCCUUUAAUAAAAGCCGAUAGGGGGUUUUUAGAGGGGUGAUACUCGCGCAUGCUCCAUUCAAACGGCUCUAAAAACCUCGGCUCGGUGCGUGUUCAGUACAGCUGAGCGCUUCAAGUGCAAAAAAAAUAUUGAAUACUAAGGAGAAUUAUAUUCUUCAAUUUUAAUAAAAAUGAAGCCUUUAAAAGAACUGCAAUAUUUUCCAAGAAGGGUUUCGAAAAUAUCUACGUUGUGACGCACGCCACUUAAAAACUAAAUUUGAAGAAUAUACUCGUAGUAGACAGGAAAGAUCGUAAGGUUAAGAAUGUUAAAGAUUUUUAAAUUUUGUAAUAAAAGUUGGAUGUCAAUAAUUUUUUAAUUGUUAAUAUUUUAAUAAGUGCAAGUAGCGUUGUGUCACUGUGAGCUAAAUUCUGCCUUUUAACGAUGUUUUUGUUAAAAAGUUAGAAAUAAGAGUUGUAGAAAUGGAACCAUACGCCGAUGAUUUAUUAUGGCUUGUGGUGUGUGGGUUUAUCGUGGCGUUCAUAUUAGCGUUUGGUAUUGGCGCCAACGAUGUGGCUAACUCGUUUGGAACCAGUGUUGGCUCCAAGGUUCUAACGUUGACGCAGGCAUGCAUCCUCGCAACAAUAUUUGAAAUCGCUGGAGCAGUUUUAAUAGGUUAUAAAGUGUCAGAUACGAUGAGAAAGGGCAUUCUGGAUGUCUCACUUUAUGCUGACGGCGGGGAGAGGUUGUUAGCUGCUGGGUGCCUCGCUGCCCUAAUUGCAGGCGCAACCUGGCUCAUUGUGGCCACAGCUCUUCGCCUGCCCGUGUCUGGAACACACUCCGUGGUGGGUGCUACUGUCGGUUUUACUCUGACAGCUAAAGGUCCAAUUGGAGUGCGAUGGUCUACGCUCGGUGCUAUAGUGCUGUCCUGGUUUAUUUCCCCCGUGUUGAGUGGUGCGGUAUCAGCGGUUUUAUUCUGGCUGGUACGCAGGUUCAUUCUUCGAGCAUCUCAGCCCUUAACAACUGGAUUAAAAGCUCUCCCGUUCUUCUAUGGAGCCACUGUCGCUGUUAAUGUGUUGAGUGUUGUACACGAUGGGCCGAAACUUUUGGCGAUGGAUAAGAUUCCACUGUGGCUGGCUCUGGCAGGUUCUGUAGCUCUUGGUGCAGUGAUUGCAGUCUGUGUUAGACUAUUCCUAGUGCCAUACUUCCGCAGGAAACUUAUUCCCAAACCAGUUAAUUUUGUGCUCGGCGUGUCUAAUGAAACAACUCCAGCAAACACGCCAACAAACUGCGGUAAAGGCGUUCCCCAGCGUCCGACAUCAUUACUCUCUGAAGACGGGAAGGUUCUAGAAGCAAUAGCAGAGAGCGCCGAAAUGGUUACCCUAAGCGAUGCGGACAAAUGUUCCCUCGGUGUCAGAGAAAUGAACGUCAGAAACGCUCUAUUAGCAACAAUGGACGACUGCAGUAUUCUCUCCAGAAGUCUCAGCCCGCCUGAUAAGUCCCGCUUGCAAUUGAUAGACGCAGACCCUCAGAUAAAUACCCUCAAAUAUAUCGAUGAGACUCUGAGCUGCUGUAAGAGUCUGGACUCUACUCAGCUGGUGGGGAUGGGUGAGAGCUACGACUCGAAGAAUGGAUUUAUGGACUCGUGUGAUACAAUAGCGAGGGCUGAAUUUGGGAGGAUGUCUGCGGUACGGGCCAUGUCUUGUGCCGUUGAAUUUGAUACUCCAAAGAUUGAUAGGGGGGUCAUACUUCAAGUCCCCGAAGGCGGCAGCGCCUGGAGCAUAGAGUGCGAGGGCAGAGGCCUCCCAGCCAUAACACCAAACUCCAGUGCAGCGCCCUUGCUCCGGGCCACUACGCCACCACCGGUCGUCCCACCCCCAGCACCACCGGAUACCUUGAGGCUGUUCUCAUUUCUUCAAGUGCUCACGGCUACCUUUGGCGCCUUCGCUCACGGUGGUAAUGAUGUAAGCAACGCUAUAGGACCUUUAGUGGCUCUAUGGUUGUUGUAUUCAGAAGGAGGUGCGCACGCGCGGGCUGAAACACCCCUAGCGAUAUUAGUAUUUGGGGGCAUCGGUAUCGCUCUUGGCUUGUGGCUUUGGGGCCGAAGGGUCAUACAGACGGUUGGGGAGGAUCUUACCAGCAUAACUCCUGACACGGGGUUCACAAUAGAGCUGGGUGCUGCGUUAACAGUUCUAGUGGCCAGUAAGGCUGGCCUCCCUGUAUCAACUACUCACUGCAAGGUUGGUUCAGUAGUCUGCGUGGGAUACUUCUCGGAGAAGUCUGUUGAUUGGAGCUUAUUCAGGAACAUAAUAUUCGCGUGGGUGGUGACGGUACCCGCUGUGGCGGCCAUUGCGGCACUCUCCAUGCUUGCCCUUGAAGCAUUUGUUGUUUAAAACACGUGUAAAAAAACCCUGUAACUGGAAUUUUAAUAAACAUAUAUAUUAUUAGCUUGAUACUGAAAAAAACUUCUAUGUGGUUUUAUUUAUGUAAGAUUAAUGUUGACUACAUUGGGUUUGUCAGCGUCUGAUAUUUUGAAACAGUCAAAUGGGUACUGGUGAUUUUAUUAUAUGAAGAAACUAUCUAGGAAAGUAAUUGGCCAAACAUUUUAGUACAAUCCAGUUUGGCGAGUGGUUUAAGCGCGUGACUGGGUUUCGUAUGAAAAUAUUACAGGCGCAGAAGUUUUCAUACAGAUAUUAUACGCGAUAUAUUUGAAAAAUACUGUAAAAAUUAUUGUUAACGAUACUAAAAUUUAAGCAACUGAUUUGAUUUAUCAAAACUAUUUAUUUAAUAAUUACGGUAUUUCCAUUUUACAGGGUUUUCACUAUACAAUAAUUCAAUAGUAUCUUCUAUAUUAUUAUUUAAACAGCAGCAAUAAGUCAAUUUGUAACAAUAUUGAUACGGGCGAGUACUGAUUUUCAAAUCUAUUUUAUUAUGCGUGAACAAAUUAAGAAUAAUUUAGAAGUACCCAUCGCUUUGAUUGAUUAAUUAAUAAUGUCGCUAAAAAUAUCAAAUUAUUAAUAAAAACGUCUCUUGAAAUAGUCUCUAGUUGCAAGAGACUGUAAUCCGAUUUAACAUUUAAAAAAAAAUUACAAUUAAGUACGGGAUUAAUAGAAGAGAAUAUAAUUAAGGGCUCCCACACAAAACUGCGAAUUCGCACGAACGCAUCGCAAGAAGUUCCGAUCUGCUUCGCAUCGCGCAUUCUUGCGAUAUUACGUCAUCCUUGGUGACGCCAUUUUGGUCCGCUCUGAGACAGCUUUAGAGAAAGACGCGCCUUCUUUGUUUAUAAAAAAUUGCGGAAUAUGAUAUGGAUUUUUUAAUAUUUUUAAUUGAGGAGCGUCCCGUCCUUUGGGACACAAGUGAUGAACAUUAUACAAAUAAAUUUAUUAAGCAAGAUGCGUGGAAGAGCGUCUGGAAAGUUUGCAUCAGAGUUCAUAAUCGUAAUAAAAGGAUGAACCCAGAAUCUUCUUUUUCUUUUAUAUCUAUUUAACAAUAACAGCAGUGCAGUUUUGUGUGGGAAGUCCUAAAUAACAAAACAUUCGAGUUGGUUUAACCAGUGUCGCAAACAUUUAUAUCCUCGCUUAAUUGCCACACUGAGCUUUAAAAACAAUGUCCUUUCGUGUGUUAAAAAACAGUACCAGCCCACGUCAAUAACGCGAUUGUAGAAUUUCCCGUAGCAACCCUUAGUAAUCUCUGAAACGGAGCUUUAUAAAUUCAAUUAUGUAAUCAAUUUAAGUAUUUUUAAGGCAUUGCAUUUGUUGUUACAUGUCCAUAGAUCGAUUAAUACUAUACUAAAUUAAUAAGAAAUAAUUUUAAUAAUAGAUUUUCGAACACAAAGGUUUUCUAAGUUGUCAUCGGCGUCGUGCUUAUUAUGUUUGAAAAAUGUAUAAACAAAGAUUGUACCUUAACUUGAAAAUUAAAACUUUUGAUUUUACUAUCAUUUAUAAAAAACAAAAAAAAAAUUGACAUUGAACUACACUGAUCAACCAUAUAUGUAGCUUAUUUCAUAUAUUUCCUAUAUCUAUCCUAUAUAUAAAUAUAUAAUAUUAUAAUAAUAGUGUAUCUACAAAAAUUUACUAAUUUAUUUUAAAUUCUACAACCGCCGGACAUAAUUGUCAUAUUAUGGUCACAGACUGACAUUUCCACAAAUAUUUUAUAAUAAACACUGUCCUUUUUUCAUGCUUAAGGCUUGAAAAAAAAAUGAAGCAGACGCUGUAAAAAAUAUUUCAUUUGUUCUACUUAAAAUUAAGUUAAAUUUUUCACUCUGCGCCAUAUUAUAUACCCCGGACCAAAAUUAUAUAAAAUAUGUUAUUUUUAUAGUUUAAACUUUCCGGUACUCUAUUUCGAAUUCUGUAUAAUUUGUGAGAUUAAAUGCCUCCUAUGUAGUUGAAAAUUGUUGAAUAAAAAAAUUAAUCAUGA